GUAUAUUGAAGAUUUUAUUUCAGAUUUCCAGCAUCUGCAGUAUUUUGGCUUUUAUUAAGGUAUAUUGAGGUGUGAGGCUGGCUGGUUUCUGUAGGCAGGACACACACACACACUGGCAGGAUGAGCUUGGACAACCAACAAAUCAGGCUGGGGCUCAUAGAGUGUUUCCGCAGUCGGCUGGUGGCCAUUGUCCAGGCAGAACCAUUGCUAGACUUCAUCACCUUCAUCCCAGCUGCGGAGAGAGAAGAAAUCCGCUCUGUGGGUCGUCAGAAUGGAAACCAGGCGGCUGUCCACCUCCUGCUCAACAAGGUCAACACAAACUCAGGGGUCGAAGGCUGGUUUGGAGAGUUUAUCACAGCCCUGAACAGAACAGGGUGUUCUCAUGGAGCUGCUUAUGUCACCCCCGAGGCCUCUGACCUGGUCUCCCCCGAGCUGGAGGCUCGCAACGACCUUGAAGUCAAGCUCAUCAUCUGCCUGACACCAACUGUCAUCGACAACCUGUCCCCAGAUGAGGUCUCUGUACACUGUUGCGCUGCAGAUAUCUUAACAGAAGAUGACAAGGAGAAAAUCUUAAGUGAAAUGAAACAGCGUGGAAAACAAGCAGCAACUCGGGAGUUACUCAGUAGAAUAGUGAUGAAGCCUCCUGGCUGGUUCUCCAAGUUCUUGGAUAUUCUGAGAAAGUCUGGCCAUGAGGACCUGGCAGAAAUACUAUCUGGUGAUGAUAGUUCACUUGACAUUGCAGAACCAGCAGACCUGGAGAACACGGUAAAUGAGGCCGACACAGAGCAAUCAGUCCAGAAGGUUGACCAGACAGACCAACUGUAUGUUAGCCCCGCGACUGAUGGAGAAAUUUGCCUAAGGAGUGAGGAGUCUGAUGAAAACCCUGCACUGCUGGACACAUCCCUGUUGGAUUCAUCCGUGAAUUCAGAAUCAUCCCAGCAUUCAGUAGCUACAAAUAACCACAGUUUUAAUGACAGUCUUCCAGAGAGUGGAAGCUGCAGCAUGUCUGGAGGGGAGACCUCCUAUUCGGAUUCAGACGAUGAGAGCACACGAGGGGGGAGAGGGUCACCGGUUCCCGAGAUCAAGCUCAGAGAUUAUCAGCAGGAAGUGGCAGUUCCCGCUCUGGAAGGUAAAAACAUCAUCAUCUGCCUCCCCACAGGCAGCGGGAAAACCAGAGUGGCUGUCUACAUCACCAGGCAUCACCUCAACAACAUGAAGUGUCAGGGCAAAACCGGCAAGGUCAUCGUGCUGGUCAACAAGGUGCCUUUAGUGGACCAGCAUUUCCGUAAGGAAUUCAACGCUUUCCUGAAGGAUAAAUACAGCGUCAGCAAAAUAAGUGGCGACACCCAGCUAAAGAUCUCCUUCCCUCACGUGGUCCGACAGAACGACAUCAUUAUCUGUACAGCACAGAUUCUGGAGAAUCAGCUGGCUGGGCUAAAUUGCGAUGAUGAGGAUGAUGAUGAUGACAGCCUGAAACUCUCUGAUUUCACGCUGAUAAUAAUUGACGAGUGUCACCACACCCAGAAGGAAGGUGUGUACAAGAGCAUAAUGACCCGAUAUAUUGAACAAAAGCUGAAGAACAAGAAGGGGGAUGUGAUUGAGCCCCUUCCACAGAUUUUAGGAUUGACGGCAUCGCCUGGCGUGGGUGGGGCAAAGAACAGAAAGGCAGCACAGUCUCAUGUCUUACAAAUUUGCGCAAACCUGGACGCCUAUCGAAUAAUGACUGUACAGAAUUUCCAGAAACAGUUAAAAGAUCAAGUGAAGGAACCUGUCAAAAAGAUGGAGAUUGCAGAAGAAAGAAGAGAGGAUCCUUUUGGAGAUCGAAUCAAGCAAAUGAUGAACAAAAUCCACACUUUUCUUGAGCAAGCAGCGACCACAGAUUUUGGAACUCAGUCUUACGAGCAAUUGAUUGUACGAAUGUGUUCUACAGGGGCAAAAGAAGAGAAUCGUAAGCUCAGGGCCUGUGCAGAACACUUAAGGAAAUAUAACGAUGCUCUGGUGAUUAAUGAUACCAUACGGAUGAUUGAUGCUUAUAAUUAUCUCACAAAUUUCUACGAAGAGGAAAUUCGCAAGAAGAUGACAGACGAUGAUGAAGAUGACCCCAAGUCAAAGUUAGACCAAACGGAUAGAUUUCUCUUUCAGUUAUUCAAUGAAAACCAAAAGGAACUUCAAACAGUGGCUAAAGAGCCUCAGUAUGAGAAUGGAAACCUGGCCAAAUUACGGAAGACAGUUCUUCAGGAGUUCACCAAAAAGAAAGAGUCUCGAGGCAUCAUCUUCACAAAGACACGACAAAACACACACGCACUACACGAGUGGAUAGAACAGAACGAGAAGUUCACAGAAGUUGGGAUCAAGGCUCAUUACUUAACUGGGGCUGGGAAUAACAGUCAGUACAAGCACAUGACACAGCACGAACAAAAGGAAGUGCUGAAUAAAUUCCAUGAUGGGGAGAUAAACCUCCUGAUCGCAACAACGGUAGCGGAGGAGGGUCUGGAUAUAAAAGAGUGCAACUUUGUAAUCCGCUACGAUCUCGUGACCAAUGAAAUCGCCAUGGUACAAGCUCGAGGCAGGGCCCGAUGUAACGACAGCACUUAUGCUCUGGUAGCUUUAGACGGGUCAGGAGUUGUUGAUCGCGAGUUCGUUAAUGAAUUCCGCGAGAAAAUGAUGUACAAAGCCAUUCAAAAGGUUCAAGAAAUGUCAGCAGAUGAUUACAAGAAGCAGGUGGAAGAACGACAGAUACAGAACAUAAUGGAACUGAAGAUGAAGAGGAGGAAGGAUUUUGCGAAGAGAAUACAAAGUGAUUACUCUAAAGUGGCUUUCCACUGCUAUGGCUGUAGCAAACUUGCCUGCUCUGGGAAAGAUGUCCAAGUCAUUGAAAGCAUGCACCACGUCAACAUCACAAAGGAGUUCAAAGACUUGUACGGUGUGCGAGAAAAUAGAGCUUUGCAAGAGAAAAGUUUGGAUUAUCAAACAAACGGAGAGAUCUACUGCAAAGAAUGUGCACAGACAUGGGGAUCGAUGAUGGUGCAUCGUGGAGUCAAUUUGCCUUGUUUGUCAAUCAAGAACUUUGUCGUGUACAUCGAUGAGAAGCAUCUUCAGAAACAGACAUACAAAAAAUGGAAUGAAGUACCCUUUAGGCUUCCCAAAUUCGACUUCAUCAGUUACGCUGCUGGCUCAAAUAUUUAAUCCAGUUUGUGCAAUGAAUGCCCUGAAUACUUAAGUCAUUAUUAUCUUAAAAGUUAACUGUGUGACCUCAGCCCUGCACUGUGAUCAGCGGCAGAUAUUUAAAUGACAGUAUGUUUUCCUGUUCCAAAUUAAUAAUCAAGCACGUUGAAUGAUUCUAUACAGUGUAUUGUUAGACUGAAGUUAGACCCAAUUAAUUCUGGCUAUUGGAGGCAUCUUUCCAAUCAUUCUUUCAAUGUGUAACUCUCUUUGCUGCAUAUCAAAUGGCCAAGGCAAUAUAGCUGCAUUUUUCACUGCGUUUAGUGAACGUAAUGAAUUUUUUAAUUUGAAUGUUUCAAGGCUGAAUUCAUAGGACAUGAAACAAGUGUGGAAUGGGAUUAAAGAACAGCAGGAUAUUAGAGCCUGCAGCAGAUUUUUGCUCUGUUCUGGGUCAAACCCAAAGGGAAAUAAAGUGCAAUUGCCUAUUCUA